UAUUGUUAAGAGUAUAUAGAAGAGAAAUUAAGGUAAAUAUAUAGAUAUAUAGAAGAAGAAUUGAAAAUGAGUAACAACAGAGAAAGAGUGGCAGUCACAGAAUCACACCCCAUGAAUGGUGGACAUGGAAUUUACAGCUACACCAAAAACUCCUCCUUUCAGAGAAUAAAUGUAAAUGCUGCAAAAGCUACAAUCCAUGAUGCAAUUGCAAACAAACUAGACAUAAAAGAAUUGUUCUUCUCUAAAGAAACAAACAACAAUAGUACCAUUUUCAACAUGGUUGACUUGGGAUGUUCAGUUGGACCAAACACAUUUUCUGUUAUGGAAGAAAUACUUGAAGUUGUCAAACAAAAAUACCAACAAUUUAAUCAUCAACAACAAGGCCUCAAUUUCUCUUCUUCCAAAGAACUUGAAUUUCAAGUAUUCUUUAACGAUCAAGUCACCAAUGAUUUCAACACCCUUUUCACUACUCUCCCAACCGAAAGGCAUUACUUCGCAGCUGGGGUCCCGGGUUCUUUUCACGACCAGCUCUUCCCGAGCUCGUCUCUCCACCUUGUCCAUUCUUCGUAUGCACUCCAUUGGCUCUCCAGUCUUCCGAAGGAGUUGGUCGAUGAGAACUCUCCAGCAUUUAACCGCGGGAGAAUUCACUACUCAAAUACCUCGGAUGAGGUUGGCAAAGCUUAUGAAGCUCAAUUUGGUAAGGACAUGGCUAAGUUUUUGGAUGCUAGAGCUAAGGAGCUUGUGGUUGGAGGUUUAAUGGUGUUGACCUUACUUUCUGUUCCAAAUGAUUUCCCUUGUUCUCAGUCUGUUAUGUAUGUGUUGCUUGAGCUUCUUGGCUCUUCUCUCAUGGAUUUGGCAAAAGAAGGGCUUAUAAGUGAAAAUCAAGUGGACACAUUCAACAUACCUUUAUAUUCAGUCUUACCAAAUGAGAUGACAAAAUUAAUUGAAGAAAAUGGAUGUUUUAGUAUUGAGAGAAUGGAGUUAAUGAAGACAAGCAUGAUUGAUUAUAGUGACAAUAAUGGUGAAGUGACUCAAUUGACCUCUGCAGAGACAAUUACUCUGCACCUAAGAGCAAUAUUGGAGGUUUUAUUGACCAAACAUUUUGGAAGUGAGAUUAUUGAUGGAAUCUUUGAUAGAUUUUAUAAGAAAGUUGAAGAACUUUCAGAUCAACUUCAACCAAUCUACAAAGAGGGAGGAUUUCAACUCAUUCUUGUGCUCAAACGAAAAUAGUAUUGAAAUUAAUCUCAUCAAGAAUUUAAUAAUAAGAGAUAAACAUGAUAUGUAUUUUAUAUGAAUUGUGAGAACAUUAUGUAAUAAUGCAUGCAUGCAUGCUUACCCUUCUAUAUAAAGAAUAAUGCUUUUUAAUGAAUAAAGAUAUAUAUA